CUGUAUUUUAUUAUGUGCUUCAAAUCUUUAAUAGUGUGCAGGUGACCUCAUUUUACGUGGGAGGCCUUGUAGCCUCUUUUACCCUUUUCUGGAUGCGGCAAGUGAGAGCUGCUUCUCUAGGGAACUGAGUUUCUUUUUCUUUUCUUUUUUUCUUUUUUAUCGCUGUCGAUCAGCCCAACCAGCAGAAUGAAAGGAGCUUUUGGAUGUGUGGGUGAGGAGGGGGGGUGAAAAGACUAAGCUCUAUGUGGGGUCCGUACAGUUUUGUUCUCAUCGUGGAUUCCCUCAGUGCAGAAACAAAGGGGCGUUUUAGGUAGACGCGUCUAUGUGUGUCACAGGUUUCUAAUGUGCAUCAUUAACGUCUUAGUGUUUUGCGCAUAGAUAAUUAUUUUGCAUAUGUAGCAGGGACGUUUUGAUCUAGAUUACAGUAAAAUAACAUAACAGACCCUGGGCAUCUUAAAAUAGCAGAUGUUUAUGCGACUUUGUGAGUUGGAGAGCUUUUACAUGAAAGCAUGCGUAAAUGUGAAGAGUAGCGGCGUGCCAUCAGCUGCAGCAUUCAGAUUUCAGAGGCAGUCCGCUGUGGUUGUGAGGCGGUCUGAAGGAGUCUGGAGUCAAAUUCCUGAACACGUAGGAGCUCCUCACGUUGCUCCGGCACGACGCACGACGCAGAGGCGCAGCGACUAAUAACGGAUUACCGAUCAAUUGAUAGAUGAGGCCACUUGUAGACGCGCACUCCUACUUCUUCUUGCCUGACUCGCCACCGUCGGAUGUUUUCCUAUUUAUUUCCUAAAGAAAACGUGAUGUGAAGACCAUCUUUUCUCUCCAGACCGUCUGUUCGUGCGCAACGGAGCCCACUUGUUAGCAGCAGAGAAGAAUCCGAUCAAGACUCGUGCCGGUAAAUGUUUAUUGUGGACUGACAAAGGCGCGACAAACAGAAAAGGAAAGCGAGAGGCCGCUUUCAAAAGCUACUCCGAAGUGGAGUACAGAGAGAGAAAAAAAUAACUGUCCACUUUUCCGCAACGGAAAUGAGAUCAGCCCCUCCGCUUGGCUCCGCUUCUCCUGAAAACAUGGUCGGUGGAACUCCGCGUAAUGCCGGGAUCUGACUUUCCUUGACUUCUGAGUACGAGCAGCGUGUUAUCCAUGGGAAGAUGUUUGCCGGGCUGAUGGGUCUGGAGUGUCGCGGCAACUCCCUGCUUCCCCACUGCGAAGCCACUGAAGGUGGCAGGGCAUCGGGGACAGCUGGCAGCUCUGGUCGUAAGAGGCUCCACCGAAGACCAGGGUACAUGAGGGGAGAGCAGACUAGGCUGCAGAGCACUACACAUGAGGAGGAAGAGGAGGAGGAGGAGGAGGAGGACGACGGGAGGAUCAAUUGCACUCGUAAUGGGAAAUCUGGACGUCACACUGACCUCACUCAGCGGCUGAGUCUAACUCCUGCACUCAAAGAGUCCUUAAUGAAUCAGCAGCAGUCUGAUAAAGUCACAUGUAGCUCCUGGAACAGUAAGAGCGGCUGUGUUAACGGUACAUCCAGCCAUCUGGGUCAGUCCUCGCUGCCACAGAAUGAACUCAGGUUAGGUCAGAGCCCGGCCCACCAGUCCUCAACAGAGGAGUCCUUUAACUCCAGCUUCAGUUUCAUCCAGCAAUCAAUCAGCUCCAGCCAGAGGACAUGCACAACCACUGCCACUUCGCCACUCCGGGAAUCACAACCACUAAGUCCGACAACUAAAGCACAUAACGUCCCUCACAGCAAACCAGAAACCUUAUCCCUUGAGCACAGUUUCCCAAAGCAGUCAACUCCUGCCACAGCUCCAGGCAGCCAGGCGGACAGAGAGGAGCUGACGUUGGGUGGGAGGUUUUGGCGGGAAUGUCUCUGGGGUGGCAAGGACGAGACGUCCCACCUGCCCGACUGUGACUCCAGAUCUCUCGACAUAGAGGUCACCUCCUCGCUGUCCGUGGACUCGGACACCGCCUCGGCCUCCUCCGUCACCUCCGGCUACGAGAGCGCCACACCCGCCUCGGAGCACGGCUGGGACAACCUGGUGAAGAAGUUCGAGGGCGUGCUGCAGGACUGCCUCCAAAACAACCGCACUCACACCAAGAUCGAGUCCAUGAUGUUGAAGUUGCAGAGACUCCAGCAGAAAGCCAUCCUGGAUGACGACUAUGACGCAGCGGAGCGCUUUGGAAAAAAGCUGGAGGAGCUGUGCAGGGAGCGAGGAGCUCUGAAGAUGGGCUUACCCUCCAGACAGCCCAGCGUGGCGCUGUUCCUCGAGAGGCUCAGACAGGUGGUGCACAGCGCCCUCCAGAGGGCAGACUGCAGCCGGCGCAGGGAGGGUGCGGAGCCUGAUGCAGGGGAGCGGCCCGACUCAACGCAGGGGCCUCUGCAGCGAAGAGAACGUCUGACUCAAGAGAAGCGGCUGGUGGAGGAGGAGAUUGCGGAGCUGCAGCAGAGGCUGGAGGAGCUGAAGGACCGCAGUCGAUGCCUGGAACAGCAGAUCCAGCAGGAGGAGCAGCAGGCGGAGGCUGAGGAGCUGGAGGGCUCAGUGCUGAGGAGCUGCACCGUGGCCCAGCUCUGGGACAUGAGCCGAACCCUGCAGGACCUCGUCACGUCGGAAAACCGCACACAGAUCUCCGUCUCUCCUCCACCCUCCAUGCUCAGACUCCAGGAGCAGGAGCGAGCACUGAACCUGUCCAUCAAGGAAGCCACUGCCAAAGUGGUCAUGAGUCAGAGGCUGGGCAGCAGCCUGAGGAGGAAAGUCAGCGAGACUGAGACGCAGCUUUUGGCGCUGCAUGAAGCCAAACUGGCAGCCAUUUCAGGUAAUGACUUCGGCAGUGCCAAGGAGCUGAAAGCCGAAAUGAAGGCGGUGUACGUGGAGCGGGACCGGCUGGAGGCUCUGGCCAAGAGGCUGCACAGCCUCAGCUCAGGGAGCAGCCAGGAGCUGGCUAGGAUGAAGGAGCAGCGGCAGCAGCUCAGGCAGGAGCUGGAGCAGAGGGAGGCCCAGCAUGAGAGCCGCCUGAAAGAGAACACUACCAAGUAUAUCGAGCUGUUGGAGGACAGGUUGCACAGUUGUGGCUUUCCAGGCUUGGAGCGGAUCUGGGAGGCUGACCUGGAAGCGUGUCACCUGUUCCUGCGAGGUCUCCAGUUGCGAACUCCCAGCUGCAGUGGAGCUGACAUGGAAGACCUACCCACGGUUUAUCCUCCAACUCCUCCGUGCACCAAAGAGGAAGAAGACUGCGCCAUGUUGACUGCUUUAGGAGGGCGCUGGUGCCCCGAGGCCAACUUACAGAACUCAGAGUUCACUAAGAAGCUGGAGGAGUUUCUGUUCUGCAUGGAGGAUAAUCACCCAGAGGACGAGUGCAGUGAGGCCGAAGCCACAGACCUGACGGAGCGCUGCGAGCUGAUCAGUGACAGACUAAUGACGUUAGAGGAUGAAUUGCAGACAGCCAUAUUGAACCGGGAUCAGGCCCUCACCCAGUCUUUGGGAAAGGAGGUUCAGGAAGUGAAAUCCACUUUGCAAAGCAUGCUCGCACAGCUCAAGGUGGAAGAAGAUGUGGAGGAGGAGGAGGACGAGGAGGAGGAGGAGGGCGAGGAGGAGGAGGAGGAAGUAAAUGAGUUGAAUGACCUCGUGAAAAAUGGGGCUGAAGAAGAAGAAGAGGACGAGGACCAGUACUUCAGCGACAGCUGGGACAUUUGAAAUGGAUGCCUCUAGUGUUUUAUGAGCACUUGCACACAGACAGGCUCUCUGAGAAUCUGACCUCGGCUUUGCAGUAGAAAUGACCCCAUCUCCAUUUACUGUAAAGCCUCACUCAGAGCGCCUGAAACCAGCCUCUGUGGUACUGCCGAAAGUUUCCACCACAAAGCCUGAGAAAGUCGUUACAUUUCAUCUAGAGAAACAUGAAGGGUUUGCAUGUAUGCAACAUAUAAGGCACUUUUUACUAAUUUUAGAAGUUCCUCAAAAGGGUGCCUUUGACCACUGAGUCCGCACAGUCAUUUUGUUUAAGUUAAGAUGUUUUUUCAUUUGUUGCAGAGCAGUUAGAUGAGGUUUUUUUAGUUCUUACUGUUUAAAUAUUGUCAGUUUUGCAGACCAGUUGAAUCUCAGAAGUUAGAAAUGCUCAGAUUGUAUAACUUUUAUAGAACAACAGUGGCAAAAUGCAGCUGAAAUGAAUUCUUGGACCAAGUGGACAAUCUAAAGAAAUCCUUUUUUACUGGUAAAAGUUUUGCACAUGAACUAAUUUGUAUGCUUAGGUCAGCUCGCCACUUUUGUCCAUUUUUCUGUACGACUGGACUUCACUUAAAUGUAAUUAUGUCCACGAAUUAACUCAUCUGUGGUGCUACAAAAUGUGAGCUAACUUAAACACUUUUUUUUUAUCUUUGUGUGGAAAAUGCAAUAUUUAGAUUUGUUCUUUGCUCUCUGAAGGAAGUGAGCACAGAGACAUGCUCUGAAUUUUUAAAUCCAUCGGUCACGGUAGGGAGGUGAUGUCUUUUGCAUGUAGGAAAUGUUGAAGGAUAAAAUACCAGCAGGCACAUAAUGUAACCGUUUGCAACUGCUGUUUGAUUUCGUUGUUUUCCCACUGCCUGCCACUGAUCAUGUGUUAUUUUAUUUUAGAAUAUACUUUCACUGGGCGUCAAUUGACAUUUUUGUGUUUUUGGCCCAUUAAUCACUUUUUAAUUUACUGUGCAGCUUGAACCCACUGUAUCGUAUUUCAUAUUUAUUCUUUACAGCUUCUCUAAUUACAGUGUGUACCACUCA